AUGGCAUGGGGAGAUGAAGGAUUGGGAUGGGAUGGAGGGUUGGGGGUUCUAGGGUUCUGGGGGGUUUGGAGUGGUAGAGGGGGAAGGGGGAAGGGGGAAAGGCGGAGAGGUGUGGGAUUGUUUUGGAAGGGGUUAGAUGGGAUUCUAUGGGAUUGGGAUUUGAGGUUUUUGGUUAGAGUUAGAGUUAGGGUUAAGGUUUGA